AUGGCACAGGUGCCAAGCAGCGGUUCUUUUGCAGCUCGAGACAGGAAACGCCCGCCGGGUGGUUCCUUCCCGUCAGCCUUACUGCUCUCGAGGAGCACAACGCUGGGCGGCGCCCAAAGUGGUGCCAAGCUACCGGCCGAGUUCCCAGGAAAUUUCUUUGAACUGCAAAGUCCUUGGCAGCGACGCAUUGAGAAGACGUGGUCAAGCCACAAACGCUGUGGUACUUUCUUCUUGUUCGAAGGAUGGCUGUGCCUGGCCCCGCGGCUGAGCGUGGGGAAAUUUGGAGAGGUCGGAGGUUCGGAGGCAACCCCGAACUACUAUGACUAA